AAGAAAUAAAAGAGAAACCAUCUAAAGCUAAACUAGCAGAAGCACUUCGACGCAAAUUGGACAUAGGACAAGCGAACCCAUAUUUUCUACUUGCUUUGCCAAUAGUAUUAAACGAGAGGAUACUUCUUUCUAUAUUUUUGGUUCUUAAGUUCAGGGAGUGA